AUGGCGGCGGUGAGACUGUCGGCGAGAAUGCAACAAGUGAAGGAGGUCGCUGGAGGCAUCGCAGUACAGCCGCACGAACACGUUGUCAGACGAGGCCCGAAUUGCAGGUUGCUGGUUCGGGAACCGAAUCUGAAACUGCCGAACGUUCCAGGAGUGAACAUGGAGGUAGGAGAGCUGACGAUAGGGCUGGAACUGCUGAACGUUCGGGAGACGAACGCGGAGGUACUGAUACUGCCGAACGUUCGUUUUUUGUUUCCUCUCUUACAGGGAAUGAAGGAGAAGUGUCUGCUGGUGACAGGAGUUCCGGAAAGCGGCCAUUACAGGCAGGAUCCAGCAGAAAAAGGAGGAGUGGUACAGCGGGCUUCGCAGCAGGUCUUGGGAAUGCUGGAAGUGCUGUUGGUGGAGCGGGGACAGCUGCGGCACAUCGUCGGGGUGAGUCGACCUCUGACGCCAUUGCCCCUCCAGUUGCUGGGCCACGGGUUACCCCGGUGGUGGGUCCCAGUGUUAGCAUGGUUGGUGACGGCAGGGUGGCAGGAGGCAGGCGGGGGACUGCUAGGGCACGGAGUGGAAUGGAAGGGUAUAGCGAUACACGACGCCCCAGAGUCUCCCCAGUCAGGGUGCGGGAGCGCAGCGCUUCCCCAGGGUCUCCCAUACGACCGGGCUGGGGACGACAACAGGCGGGCCAGGUCAUCAGGGAAGGAUCAGAAAGGAGUGCCAGCGAGGGACAGCGCAGAGGGUCGGCACCCUCCAAGAGGAUAGCGUGCAGGGCUCUAGCGAAGGGCGCACGGGGCGCAAGCAGGCACCGGUUGCGUAGCAGCCAUCGGAGGGUGACUGACGUAGAUGACACGGACCCCUGCGGGGUGGAUCACACCCGGGGGCAGUGUAGGGUGCCCCCUGUCAGGACGCAUGCCUGGAGGCAGCAGGAAGACAGUUCCAUGAGCAGGAGUUCCCUGGAGAGAGUGCGGGCAGCUGCACAGGCUCACGGCCCUCAGGGACGGAUGGCUAGUGGGGAGAUCGGUUACAGAGAGGGGACGGGGCAGGGUUUUCACGGCCAGCCUACCCAGGAUGUCUUCUCCUUGCAGGUCUCAAAGACGGUCACCCUUGGUGAGGGAGAGAUACCACGCGUUGAGGACAUCAGGACGGUCACCGGCAGGCAAGACGGACCCGGUUGCCGGACAGCCGUCUUCAAGGUCGCCCGCGGAUCGGGUGAGACCCAACGCUGCGGGAAUCUGGCCCGGAUCAGUGGAACGCUUAAGGGAAGGACAUUCAUAGUCUGUCGGCAACCCCACGGCCUUCGGUGGCAAGGGGUGCGGAAGGUGAGACAUUGUCGUUGCAGCAGUCAGGGGAGCUUUUAG